AUGCCCCCAGGAACCUUAUAUAAGAACACCCCUUCCCCAACACUAAAAAUCAUCACAAUAACAACUCCAACAACAACAAGACCAAGUAUAGCUCUUGGGAGAAAUGAACAACUUGGUGAGGGGGAACCAUCAGGUGAAUGGAGAGAAGCCUCCACCACGAAUGUGUCCAAGGUGUUACUCACACCAACACCAGGUUCUGUUACUACAACAACUAUAGCUUGGAUCAACCUUGCUACACCUGCAAGAAUUGUUGUCAAUUGUGGACUCAUGGUGGGACUAUAA